AUGGAGGGACACUUGGCAGAGCCUGGUGAAAGUCCAUCUGCACAUCUGUCUGCAUCCACUCUUCAAGAGCCAGAUGGGAGCUCUAAGACAGGUUUGAUAAGGGGAGUUAGUGGUAAUGUUAACUCCAUUCAGACAAACCCUCUGGCUCGCAACAGGAGACGCAGCAUCAUGAUAAAUAUGCAAAGCCAAGCUGAGAGCAAUAAGGAGAAGCAGGCAAGAGCAAAAGAAGCUCGGGAAGCUCGCAAACCAAGGUUAGGACCAUGCCAUAAAUACCUGAUGGACAUGGUCGCUGAGAAACUUGGCCUGGAUGCCACGGCUGUCGAGGAGUUUGUCCUAGACAGUGGCGAGCACCUUUGCAUCCUUGAUGCAUUUCUUGUGAAGGAUGGUUCUCGAACUGUAAUGUUCUUCUAUCAGGAGUCUGAGCCUUUAGGCUGGGAAUGUGGCAGAAUCUACCCAGGAGCACAGAAAGGCAAGAUGCUACGGCUAUGCGUCACAAAUGGCACAGAUAUGGGUCUCGCUGGGCAGUGUGUGUUCUUUCUGCGUGUCAAAUCAGAGAUAGCACUGACUCCUAGAAAUAUACAUGAGGAAGCCAUAUGUGGCUCGCUCAAUGUUGACCCUACUGAUCCUGCUGGUGUAUUAGCUGCUGUUCAUGAGCUGCUUGCUCAUGUCUACCAGCCAGCGAUUCACUCAGUAAGUGACUGGGGCGCGCUCAAUGAGACGCCACAGGGUCGUAAGACGUGCAGAAGUUUUCUGGACUCAUACGAUAACUUUCUGCUGUUUCUUGAAGGCGCACAGGCUAGUGUAACUGGAGCGUUAAAGCUAAAGGAUUGUGAAGCAUUUGACUUAAAAGAGCUGAAGUCAAUGGCAGAUUGCCUGCAGGCAGCUAACCAACCUGAAACUCUCACCAUUCUGGAGGAACUGGUAUCGGCAUGGUGUAAACAAAUCGAGCAGGUCUUAGCAGAAAGUGAGCAGAUGAGAAAAGAGGCAGAUGACACGGGCCCACUUGCAGAAUUGGAACACUGGCGGCAGUUAAUGGCUAGGUUUAACUCGAUCGUCGAGCAGAUCAAGAGCCAUAACUGCAGGAUGGCCAUCUGUGUACUGAAUGCUGCAAAAUCCAGAGUUCUGAAGGUGUGGAAGGAGCUUGACAACCGGAUAACAGAUGCUGCUAACGAAGCCAAGGACAAUGUGAAGUACCUGUACACGUUAGAGAAGCCCUGCGAACCGUUGUACCACUCUGACCCCGUCAGCAUGGCCGACUGCAUUCCCAGUCUGAUAGAUGUCAUACGCAUGAUCAACAGCAUCUCGCGUUACUACAACACGUCCGAGAGAAUGACGUCAUUAUUCAUAAAAGUGACCAAUCAGAUGGUUACUGCCUGUCGUAACUACAUCACAGAUAAUGGCAUAAACAGAAUCUGGGAUCAGCAGAGGGCGCCACUCAUAACCAAGCUCAGAAACUGCAUUAAACUUUGCCGGGAUUACCAAGGUUGUUUCCAAAGGAUCAAGAAAAAGAUUGAGACCAUCCCUGGUGAGAGGCCAUUCGACUUCUCGGAAAUGUACAUAUUUGGAAAGUUUGAUGCUUUCUGCAAGAGACUGGAUAAGAUCAUUGAGCUGCUGAACACUAUUGAGACCUAUUCAGUUCUGAUGACCUCCCGAAUCGAAGGCAUUGAGCCAAUGGCAAAUAAGUUCCAGCAUGUGUACAGCUCCAUGAGAAAGAAGCCCUACGACAUCCUUGACCACCGCAAGUUGGAUUUCGACAAUGAUUUUGUUGACUUCAAGAAGUACAUAUUCGAAAUCCAGUUGCAGCUUCAAAACUUCCUCGACACUUGCUUCCAGAGGAACCUUUCAUCUGUUCAAGCUCUCAAACUUCUACAACGGUUCAAAAAGCUCAACAUUCCUUCACUGAACCUGGAUGAGAAAUGCUUUCUGAUAUUGAUGAAUUUCGGUGAAGAAUUGGAAAACAUUAAGAAGUUGUACCAGAAGAGUAGAGAAGAUCCACAGAUACCUAGGGAUAUGCCACCUGUUGCUGGCAAAAUCUCCUGGGCACGUCAGCUGUUCCGGAAGAUUAAGGAGCCAAUGGAUAUCUUCGUGUUGAAUGAAGAGAUGCUGCGUCUGCCAGACGGGCAGAAGAUUGUGAAGCAUUAUAAUCGUGUAGCAAGUGUCUUGAUGGAGUACGAGAUGCUCUAUCACAGAGCCUGGGUGAAACAGAUCGAUGUCGUAAAAGGAGCCCUUCAAGCACCACUGCUCGUCAGGCAUCCAGAAAGUGGUGUACUCAUCGUCAACUUUGACCCCAUGCUGCAUCAAGUCGUACGCGAGGCUGAGUGCAUACGCAAGCUUGGCCUGCCUGUACCCGAAUUGGCCAAGAUGCUAAGCCACACACAAGCACAGCUAAAGUCAAAUCACAACAAAAUGAAGGGCCUUCUAGAAGAAAACAACAGAGUGAGAGCUAACAUCCCCUCGAUCUUCCUACCGCUGAUUGCAACGACGAUCAAGAAAGUCGAUGACGCUCUUAGACCGGGCCUAACUCUGCUCUCAUGGACGUCGCUGAAUCUCCCUGACUAUUUCUCGUCUGUGUCUAAGGCUUUGGACGAGUUGAAGCUACUAAUCAAACAGGUGGAUGAUAUCCGAAGCUACCGCAUAGAUGGUGUCUUAGAAGAGAUGGGUGAUAUGAUGCUGUGUCACCUUCCAGAGGACACUGCCUGGACAGUGAACCAAUUCAUCACAAACUCAAAGAAACACUGUGAUGAGGCAGCAAAAGACCUAAAUGCUAUGAGCACAAAGGUGGAGGAGGGUGUUUACGAUGUCAUAAACCUCUUCCUCACUAAAGCAGAAGCCACGUUCAAUGCUUCACAAAUUGAUGAGCCACCGAAGAAAAGUCCAAGUAUGCCAGAGCCCGGCGACAGCAUCAUAGAGGAAGAGAGUGACAUAACAGAGUCUGAGCUUUCUAUCCUCACGGAAGCUAACGAACAAGAGCAUCAGCUGAAGCUUGAGUGCAAGGAGCUGUUCAAUCACUUCAACCACAAGAAUCUAGAGGCGAUUGUGCGGGCCACCCGUCUAUCCCUCGACGCCAUCAAACGCAGGGUCUUUUUUUCGAGUCAGAUGGGAAGCAGACGAGCAGGUGAUGAGACAGGAAACAGAGGCAAGGAAGCUCACCGUAGUCCAUUCUUCCGCACCGACAUCGUCCUGCUCUUGCCCAACGUCGUGAUGCAGCCAAACCUAGAUGACAUACAGCAUGUGAUCAACAAGGUGUCACAGUUUGUGCUGGAGGUUGGCCGUGGUGUAUCGCAGUGGGGCCAGAGGACUGCAGACAUUUCUAUAACCUCUGCUGUGAAUGUACAAGCCCCGGCAGCUUCUAUAGUUAAGAACUACUACAAGUCUAUUGCCGAGCACAAGGAUAUCAGUAAAAUAGUGAUGAUGCUCAGUUCAGCAGUGAAUGCAGUAAGGCAGGACAUACACAGCGAGCUGCAGGAGUAUAGCCAAUACCAGUUCUUGUGGACCGAAGACAGAGACAAGUCUGUCGAGGAGUUCUUAGCAACUGACCCAAUUCUAUCAGAGUUUAAAGCAGAGAUAUUGCGCUAUGAAAGGCUUGAACAAGAGCUCGAUGAUAUCCCUGCCUCGAAAAGACUAGGAGCUAUUGAACUUUUUGCUGCGCCAUUGAAAAUGGCUCUGUCGGUUGAAGCCAAGGCAUGGAAACUGUUAUUUGGAAAGCACCUUAAUGCAAAGUUCAGACAGAAGAUGGAUGACAUAUUUGAGUUUGUCGAUGAACAGAGCAAGAGACUUGUGCGGCCAAUUCAAGAUCUUGAGGAUGUACGCAAUGCAAUGGCAGCACUGGAAGCCAUCAGACAUGAGCAAAUUCACAUCGACAUGUCAUUAGGGCCGAUAGAAGAGGCGUACGCAAUGCUGCAGAAAUUCAACGUCUCCGUCUCAAUGGACGAGAUGAACCGUGUGGAUACACUCAGAUACUCUUUCCAAAAACUCCUCUCACAGUCGAGUGAAGUGCAAGACACCCUGCUCCGUAUCCAGCCCGAGUUCAAAGCAGAACUUCUCACCUCUGUGGAAACCUUUAUACAUGACGUAGAUGACUACACAACGUCAUAUGACGAGGUUGGGCCGAUGUGUGAAGGCAUCAGUCCACAGGAAGCCAGCGACAGGCUGAGUGUGUUCCAGAGUAAGUUUGAUGAACUGUGGCGCCAGUACGACACGUACAGAGGAGGAGAGCAGUUGUUCGGUCUGCCACAGACAGACUACCCAGCACUCGUGCGCACUAAGAAAGAACUGGGCUUACUGCAGAAGCUCUAUGGUCUCUAUAACUCUGUAAUGGACAGCAUCAAUGGCUACUUCGAAAUUAUCUGGACAGAGGUGGAUAUUGAGAAGAUCAACAGUGACCUCCUUGACUUCCAGAACAGGUGUCGAAAGCUUCCGAAAGGAAUGAAAGAUUGGCAAGCCUUCAUUGACCUCAAAAACAAGAUCGAUGACUUUAGCGAGAGCUGUCCCCUGCUAGAGAUGAUGUCCAACAAAGCGAUGAAAGAUCGUCAUUGGGAUCGCAUCGCAGCGACAACUGGGCACACGUUUGAUCUCGAUUCGGAGAAUUUCUCCUUGAGAAAUAUCAUGGCAGCACCCUUGCUAAAGCACAAGGAGGAUAUUGAGGACAUCUGUAUUUCGGCAGUCAAAGAGAAGGACAUUGAGGCAAAGCUGAAGCAGGUCAUUGCUGAGUGGAAUGCAAACAGCCUGGCAUUUGCACAGUUCAAGACGCGCGGUGAAUUGCUGCUGAAAGGUGCCGAAACUACAGAGAUAGUGGCGUUUAUGGAAGACAGUCUGAUGAUGCUGGGCUCCUUGCUCAGUAACAGAUAUAAUGCUCCUUUCAAAAAAGACAUCCAAACGUGGGUGCAGAAGUUAUCCAAUACGUCAGACAUCAUUGAGAACUGGAUGGUUGUUCAGAACCUGUGGGUGUACUUGGAAGCUGUCUUUGUUGGUGGUGACAUUGCCAAGCAACUUCCGAAGGAAGCGAAACGGUUCCAGAGCAUCGAUAAGUCAUGGGUGAAGAUAAUGACGAAAGCUCACGAGACUCCGAACGUUGUGCAGUGUUGUGUCGGAGACGAAACGUUAGGGCAACUACUGCCUCACUUGCUUGAACAGCUAGAGUUCUGUCAGAAGUCACUGACCGGAUAUUUGGAGGGAAAGAGACUGAUUUUCCCCAGAUUCUUCUUCAUUUCUGAUCCAGCACUUCUUGAGAUUCUUGGUCAAGCCAGUGAUUCUCAUACUAUUCAGGCACAUUUGCUCGGCGUAUUUGAGAAUGUCGCUUUAGUGGAAUUCCAUGAGAAAGAGUACGACCGAAUUCUCUCGGUUGUCUCUAAGGAGGGAGAGACGAUUAUGCUUGAUAAGCCAGUACUGGCGAAGGGAAAUGUGGAGCUGUGGCUAGGAGAGCUACUCACAUGGCAGCAGAAGUCUCUGCACAGUGUCAUCCGGGAUGCUUACAACGCCAUCAAUGACUCCAGCUUCAACCUGUUGGGCUUCGUCAACAACUUUCAGGCUCAGGUCGGGCUGCUCGGCAUCCAGAUGCUGUGGACGCGCGAUGCGGAGGAGGCGCUGACGGCGGCUCGCAACGACAAGCGCAUCAUGGCGGCGAUGAAUCAGCGAUUCCUCGACCUGCUCAACACUCUCAUCGAUCAGACGACGCACGACCUCACCAAGUUCGAGCGCGUCAAGUUCGAGACGCUCGUCACGAUUCACGUGCACCAGCGAGACAUCUUCGACGAUCUGGUGAAAAUGCAUAUCCGUAGUCCGGGUGACUUUGAAUGGUUGAAGCAGUCAAGGUUCUACUUCAAGGACGACAUUGAUGAAUGUGUCAUCUCCAUCACAGAUGUAGAUUUUAGCUACCAGAACGAAUUUCUCGGCUGCACUGACCGCCUUGUCAUUACCCCACUAACGGACAGGUGUUACAUCACACUUGCCCAAGCGCUCGGCAUGUCGAUGGGUGGUGCACCAGCUGGGCCGGCAGGAACAGGGAAGACAGAAACUACAAAGGACAUGGGGAAAGCUCUCGGGAAAUACGUCGUCGUAUUCAACUGCUCAGAUCAGAUGGACUUCAGAGGAUUGGGCAGGAUCUUCAAAGGCUUGGCACAGUCUGGCUCCUGGGGCUGCUUUGACGAGUUCAACCGUAUAGAGCUGCCUGUGCUGUCUGUGGCUGCACAACAGGUGUACAUCACGCUCACCGCCAAGAAGGAGAGGCGCAAAAGCUUCCUCUUCUCCGAUGGCGACACCGUCACUCUCAACCCCGAAUUCGGUUUCUUUUUGACCAUGAAUCCAGGUUAUGCCGGUCGGCAGGAACUACCGGAAAAUCUGAAAGUGCAGUUCCGAACCGUGGCUAUGAUGGUGCCAGACAGACAGAUUAUUAUGCGAGUGAAGCUGGCCAGCUGUGGUUUCCAGGAGAAUGUCAUUCUGGCACAGAAGUUCUACACACUGUACAAACUAUGUGAAGAACAACUAACAAAGCAGGUGCAUUACGACUUUGGUUUGAGGAACAUCCUGUCUGUACUGCGUACUCUGGGAUCGAACAAGAGAGCGAGACCUGAGGACAGUGAAUCUACCAUCGUCAUGAGAGUGCUACGUGACAUGAAUCUCUCAAAACUGGUGGAUGAGGAUGAGCCGUUGUUCCUCAGCUUGAUCAGUGAUCUGUUUCCUGGCAUCCAGCUGGAUAGUGCUAGCUAUGAUGACCUUCAGGUGGCAAUACAACAUCAGGUCGAUGAGAUGGGUCUGGUCAACCAUCCGUCAUGGAAUCUAAAAGUCGUUCAGCUGUACGAGACACAGUGUGUGCGUCACGGCAUCAUGGCGCUGGGUCCUAGCGGAGCAGGCAAAUCCUGCUGCAUUCAGACGCUCAUGCGAUCCAUGACGGAGUGCGGCAGCAGUCACAGGGAGAUGAGAAUGAACCCCAAGGCCAUCACGGCACCGCAGAUGUUUGGAAGACUCGACGUGGCCACCAAUGACUGGACGGACGGCAUCUUUUCUACGCUGUGGAGAAAAACCUUGAAGACGAAAAAAACGGACCAUGUCUGGAUUAUACUGGAUGGACCUGUUGAUGCUAUCUGGAUUGAGAACCUCAACUCAGUGCUGGACGACAACAGGACGCUGACACUGGCUAAUGGUGAUCGUAUUCCUAUGUCACCCACCUGCAAGGUGCUGUUUGAGGUGCACAACAUCGACAAUGCCAGCCCAGCCACCGUGUCACGUAACGGCAUGGUGUACAUGAGCUCAUCAGCGCUGGACUGGAAGCCCAUACUUCAGGCCUGGUUGAACAAACGCGCAGCAGCUGAAGCAACGAUUCUUAAGCAACUGUUUGAUGAGCUAUUCCAAGACAUGUUCACUUAUGUCAAACAAAGCCUCUUUGCUAAAAUGGUUGUACUUGAAUGCAAUUAUAUCAGACAGUGCAUUGAUCUGCUAACUGGUUUGAUUCCAAGCAAAGAGGAGGUAGGUAAUCUGUCGGCUAAACACUUGGAGAGGCUCUUCAUCUUUGCUAUCAUGUGGAGCUUGGGGGCGCUACUGGAGCUGGAAGAUCGAUCGAAGAUGGAGGAGUACAUUCUGAGUCACCCAAGCAAACUCGCAUAUCCCGAAAUCCCGGAGGGAAGCGGACAGACGAUAUUCGAGUUUGUCGUCGCCGCAGACGGCGAUUGGGAGCACUGGUCAAACAGAGUGCAGGAGUAUAAGUACUCAUCCGAGGUGGUUCCAGAGUACUCGAGCAUCCUUGUGCCUAACGUCGACAAUGUGCGCUCCAACUUCCUCAUAGACACCAUCGCCAAGCAGCACAAGGCUGUGUUACUCAUAGGCGAGCAAGGAACAGCUAAAACAGUGAUGGUUAAGGCAUACAUGGCCGGAUAUGAUCCAGACCAGCAUAUGGGCAAGAGCUUUAACUUCUCGUCAGCCUCCACUCCAGCACUCUUCCAGCGCACUAUUGAGAGUUACGUUGACAAGCGGAUGGGAAACACGUACGGUCCACCAGCGGGCAGGAAGAUGACCGUAUUUGUUGAUGAUAUCAACAUGCCAAUCAUCAACGAGUGGGGAGAUCAGAUCACCAACGAGAUUGUGAGGCAAGGCAUGGAAAUGAAGGGCUUCUACUCGCUAGACAAGCCUGGUGACUUCACGAACAUCGCUGACAUGCAGUUCAUCGCUGCCAUGAUCCACCCUGGUGGCGGUCGCAACGACAUUCCGGAGCGCCUCAAGAGACAGUUUACCAUUUUCAAUUGCACACUGCCGUCGAACGCCUCAAUCGAUAAAAUCUUCGGUGUUAUUGGCUGUGGAUACUUCUGCAGCACCCGUUUCAAUGAAAGCAUUGUGGAGCUCUGCAAGGAUCUUGUGCCUGCUACUAGAACGUUGUGGCAACAGACAAAGGUGAAAAUGUUGCCCACACCAGCCAAGUUCCACUACAUCUUCAAUCUGCGAGAUCUGUCUCGCAUUUGGCAGGGCAUGCUCACUAUCAAAGGAUCCGAGUGUACAACGAAAGAGAUGCUGCUGUCUCUCUGGCAGCACGAAUGCACGCGUGUUAUUGCAGACAGAUUCACGAACGAAGACGAUAACAAGUGGUUCCAAGAGGUGAUCCGGCGGGUAGUGAAGACAAAUGUAGGUGAAGAGUUGGUGUCACAGAUCGUGAAGGAACCCUUCUUCGUCGACUUCCUCAGAGAUGCGCCAGAGGUUACGGGAGAAGAGCCAGAAGAUGCUGACCUUGAGGCACCAAAGAUAUAUGAAAUCAUUCCAGACUACAAUUUCUUGAAAGAGAAACUCCAGAUGUACAUGCAGAUGUACAACGAUACUGUGCGUGGCAAUGCUAUGGACUUGGUAUUCUUCCAUGAUGCCAUGAAUCAUCUAAUGAAGAUAUCAAGGGUGCUGAGGACAGCAAGAGGCAAUUCUCUGCUAGUAGGCGUCGGAGGUUCUGGCAAGCAAUCACUCACACGGCUUGCCUCCUACAUUGCCGGAUACAAGAUCUUCCAGAUAACACUAACAAGGUACUUGUGUUGUAGUGACGAGGUGCAUUACGACUUUGGUUUGAGGAACAUCCUGUCUGUACUGCGUACUCUGGGAUCGAACAAGAGAGCGAGACCUGAGGACAGUGAAUCUACCAUCGUCAUGAGAGUGCUACGUGACAUGAAUCUCUCAAAACUGGUGGAUGAGGAUGAGCCGUUGUUCCUCAGCUUGAUCAGUGAUCUGUUUCCUGGCAUCCAGCUGGAUAGUGCUAGCUAUGAUGACCUUCAGGUGGCAAUACAACAUCAGGUCGAUGAGAUGGGUCUGGUCAACCAUCCGUCAUGGAAUCUAAAAGUCGUUCAGCUGUACGAGACACAGUGUGUGCGUCACGGCAUCAUGGCGCUGGGUCCUAGCGGAGCAGGCAAAUCCUGCUGCAUUCAGACGCUCAUGCGAUCCAUGACGGAGUGCGGCAGCAGUCACAGGGAGAUGAGAAUGAACCCCAAGGCCAUCACGGCACCGCAGAUGUUUGGAAGACUCGACGUGGCCACCAAUGACUGGACGGACGGCAUCUUUUCUACGCUGUGGAGAAAAACCUUGAAGACGAAAAAAACGGACCAUGUCUGGAUUAUACUGGAUGGACCUGUUGAUGCUAUCUGGAUUGAGAACCUCAACUCAGUGCUGGACGACAACAGGACGCUGACACUGGCUAAUGGUGAUCGUAUUCCUAUGUCACCCACCUGCAAGGUGCUGUUUGAGGUGCACAACAUCGACAAUGCCAGCCCAGCCACCGUGUCACGUAACGGCAUGGUGUACAUGAGCUCAUCAGCGCUGGACUGGAAGCCCAUACUUCAGGCCUGGUUGAACAAACGCGCAGCAGCUGAAGCAACGAUUCUUAAGCAACUGUUUGAUGAGCUAUUCCAAGACAUGUUCACUUAUGUCAAACAAAGCCUCUUUGCUAAAAUGGUUGUACUUGAAUGCAAUUAUAUCAGACAGUGCAUUGAUCUGCUAACUGGUUUGAUUCCAAGCAAAGAGGAGGUAGGUAAUCUGUCGGCUAAACACUUGGAGAGGCUCUUCAUCUUUGCUAUCAUGUGGAGCUUGGGGGCGCUACUGGAGCUGGAAGAUCGAUCGAAGAUGGAGGAGUACAUUCUGAGUCACCCAAGCAAACUCGCAUAUCCCGAAAUCCCGGAGGGAAGCGGACAGACGAUAUUCGAGUUUGUCGUCGCCGCAGACGGCGAUUGGGAGCACUGGUCAAACAGAGUGCAGGAGUAUAAGUACUCAUCCGAGGUGGUUCCAGAGUACUCGAGCAUCCUUGUGCCUAACGUCGACAAUGUGCGCUCCAACUUCCUCAUAGACACCAUCGCCAAGCAGCACAAGGCUGUGUUACUCAUAGGCGAGCAAGGAACAGCUAAAACAGUGAUGGUUAAGGCAUACAUGGCCGGAUAUGAUCCAGACCAGCAUAUGGGCAAGAGCUUUAACUUCUCGUCAGCCUCCACUCCAGCACUCUUCCAGCGCACUAUUGAGAGUUACGUUGACAAGCGGAUGGGAAACACGUACGGUCCACCAGCGGGCAGAAAGAUGACCGUAUUUGUUGAUGAUAUCAACAUGCCAAUCAUCAACGAGUGGGGAGAUCAGAUCACCAACGAGAUUGUGAGGCAAGGCAUGGAAAUGAAGGGCUUCUACUCGCUAGACAAGCCUGGUGACUUCACGAACAUCGCUGACAUGCAGUUCAUCGCUGCCAUGAUCCACCCUGGUGGCGGUCGCAACGACAUUCCGGAGCGCCUCAAGAGACAGUUUACCAUUUUCAAUUGCACACUGCCGUCGAACGCCUCAAUCGAUAAAAUCUUCGGUGUUAUUGGCUGUGGAUACUUCUGCAGCACCCGUUUCAAUGAAAGCAUUGUGGAGCUCUGCAAGGAUCUUGUGCCUGCUACUAGAACGUUGUGGCAACAGACAAAGGUGAAAAUGUUGCCCACACCAGCCAAGUUCCACUACAUCUUCAAUCUGCGAGAUCUGUCUCGCAUUUGGCAGGGCAUGCUCACUAUCAAAGGAUCCGAGUGUACAACGAAAGAGAUGCUGCUGUCUCUCUGGCAGCACGAAUGCACGCGUGUUAUUGCAGACAGAUUCACGAACGAAGACGAUAACAAGUGGUUCCAAGAGGUGAUCCGGCAGGUAGUGAAGACAAAUGUAGGUGAAGAGUUGGUGUCACAGAUCGUGAAGGAACCCUUCUUCGUCGACUUCCUCAGAGAUGCGCCAGAGGUUACGGGGGAAGAGCCAGAAGAUGCUGACCUUGAGGCACCAAAGAUAUAUGAAAUCAUUCCAGACUACAAUUUCUUGAAAGAGAAACUCAAGAUGUACAUGCAGAUGUACAACGAUACUGUGCGUGGCAAUGCUAUGGACUUGGUAUUCUUCCAUGAUGCCAUGAAUCAUCUAAUGAAGAUAUCAAGGGUGCUGAGGACAGCAAGAGGCAAUUCUCUGCUAGUAGGCGUCGGAGGUUCUGGCAAGCAAUCGCUCACACGGCUUGCCUCCUACAUUGCCGGAUACAAGAUCUUCCAGAUAACACUAACAAGAUCGUAUAAUGUGACAAACCUGAUGGAUGACCUGAAGUAUCUCUAUCGUGUUGCUGGUGGUGAGGGCAAGGGCAUCACCUUCAUCUUCACCGACAAUGAAAUCAAGGACGAAGGCUUCCUCGAGUACAUCAACAAUGUGCUCAGCAGUGGAGAGGUGUCGAAUCUGUUCGCUAAAGAUGAGAUCGACGAGAUAUGUCAGGAGCUGGUUCCCGUCAUGAAGAAGGAGAGCCCGCGCGUGCCGCCGACGCAGGAGAAUCUCUACGACUACUUCAUCUCGCGUGCGAGAAACAACCUGCAUCUCGUCCUCUGCUUCUCGCCCGUGGGCGAAAAGUUCCGCAAUCGCGCCCUCAAAUUCCCCGGGCUCAUCUCUGGCUGCACGAUGGAUUGGUUCAGUCGCUGGCCGAAGGACGCUCUGAUAGCCGUGUCCAACCAUUUUCUGUCCAACUUCAACAUUGUGUGCACGCCUGAAGUCAAGAUGCAGUUGGUGGAGACAAUGGGCUCCUGCCACGAUGGCGUGUCGAUGACCUGUAUCGAUUACUUCGAUCGAUACCGACGACAAACGCAUGUCACACCGAAGUCAUACCUGUCAUUUAUUAGCGGUUACAAAAACAUUUACGGGGAGAAGUACAAGGAAAUAGGUGAGCUUGCGGAACGGAUGACUACAGGUCUCAACAAGUUGCUUGAGGCAACUGACUCUGUACAGCAGCUCUCCAAGGAGCUGGCCGUAAAGGAGAAGGAACUUGCCGUAGCAUCUAAAAAAGCUGACAAAGUGUUGGCUGAAGUGACAGUGAGUGCGCAAGCAGCUGAAAAGGUGAAGGCAUCUGUGCAAAAGGUGAAGGAUAAAGCUCAGAUAAUCGUCGAUCAGAUUGAAACCGAGAAGAUUGUUGCAGAGGGCAAGCUGGAGAAGGCCAGGCCUGCUCUUGCAGAGGCAGAGUCUGCUCUCCAGACGAUCAAAGCUGCUCAUAUCUCCACCGUGCGUAAGCUGGGUAAACCGCCGCAUCUGAUCAUGCGCAUCAUGGACGCGUGCCUCAUGCUCUUCCAACGCCGGCUCGACUCUGUACAACCUGACCCUGACAGACCCUGCGUAAAGCCAUCCUGGGGGGAGUCAUUAAAGCUGAUGAGCAGUUCAGGAUUCAUGCAAGGUCUUCAGAACUUCCCGAAGGACUCUAUCAACGAGGAGACAGUUGAACUGAUGACACCAAUUUUGACCAUGGAAGAUUACACUUUUGAGUCGGCCAAGAAAGUCUGUGGCGAUGUCGCUGGCCUGCUGUCCUGGUCCAGAGCUAUGGCCUUCUUCUACACAAUUAACAAAGAAGUGUUACCACUAAAGGCAAACUUGGCAAUUCAAGAGGUGAAACUAGGAGUAGCAAACGAUGAGCUUGCUAAAGCGCAGGCCCAGCUGGAUGAAAAACAGAAUGAAUUGGAUACUGUGCAGGCUAUGUAUGAUGCUGCGAUGACUGAAAAACAGAGCCUUCUUGAUGAUGCCGAGACAUGCCGAAGGAAGAUGACUGCAGCUUCGGCUCUGAUUGGCGGCCUUGGUGGAGAGAAGGUCCGCUGGACAGAGCAGAGUAAGGAGUUCAAGGCACAAAUUGACCGGCUUGUCGGUGACGUUCUCCUGUGUACAGGAUUCUUGUCCUACUCGGGUCCAUUCAACCAGGAGUUCCGUGUCUUACUACUGGAAAACUGGAAGAAAGAAUUAACAGACAGACAAAUUCCGUUCAGUAGUGACAUCAAUAUCACCAACAUGCUAGUCGAUACGCCAACGGUGGGUGAAUGGAACCUGCAAGGGUUGCCCAGCGACGACCUUUCCAUCCAGAAUGGCAUCAUUGUUACGAAAGCAUCCAGAUAUCCACUUCUCAUUGAUCCUCAAGGCCAGGGCAAACACUGGAUCAUGAACAGAGAACUCACAUCUUCUAUACAGGUGACCUCUCUUAAUCACAAGUGGUUCAGAACGCACCUGGAGGAUUCACUGUCUCUUGGCAAAUCGCUUAUGAUUGAGAAUGUCGAGGAGGAACUUGACCCUGCACUAGACAACGUGCUAGAGAAGAACUUUAUCAAGUCUGGUUCCACCUACAAAGUUAAAGUUGGUGACAAAGAGGUUGAUGUCAUGAGUGGCUUUGUUCUCUACGUCACAACCAAGCUACCCAACCCAUUGUACACACCCGAGAUUAGCGCAAAGACAUCGAUCAUAGACUUCACGGUUACGAUGAAAGGUUUGGAGGAACAGCUGUUGGGUAGAGUCAUUCUCAGUGAGAAACAGGAACUGGAAGCAGAACGUACAAAGCUGAUGGAAGAUGUGACAGCCAAUAAACGCAAGAUGAAGGAGCUGGAAGACAAUCUCCUCUACAAACUGACUAGCACAAAGGGUUCACUGGUGGACGAUGAGUCGCUAAUUCAGGUGUUGGCUAUCACCAAGGAGACAGCAGCAGAAGUCAGUGAGAAGCUGAUCGUGGCAGCCGACACGGAGUUAAAGAUCAACAAUGCUCGUGAAGAAUUCCGACCAGUUGCGACUAGAGGUAGUAUUCUCUACUUCCUUAUCUGUGAGAUGAGCAUGGUCAAUAUCAUGUACCAGACAUCACUCAAGCAAUUUCUGGGAGUAUUUGAUAUGUCAAUGUCAAAAUCUGCGAAGUCGCCCAUACCAGCUAAGCGAAUUGAUAACAUUAUCAAGUUCCUUACAUAUGAGGUGUUUAAGUACACCUGCAGAGGCUUGUAUGAGAACCACAAGUUCCUCUUCACCCUUCUGCUUGCGCUGAAGAUUGACCUUGAUGGGUCAAAGGUUAAGCAUGAAGAAUUCCAAAUGUUCAUCAAAGGUGGUGCUGCAUUGGAUCUAAAUUCUGUUCAAGCCAAACCAUGCAAAUGGAUCACUGACAUAACUUGGCUCAAUCUCGCUGAACUAAGCAAACUACCACAGUUCAGUGAAAUCCUCAACCAGAUUCCGCGCAACGAGAAAGGCUGGAAGAUCUGGUUCGAUAAAGAUGCGCCGGAGGAGGAACAGAUGCCAGACGGCUAUCACAGCUCGCUGGACACCUUCAGAAAACUGCUGCUCGUCAGAUCGUGGUGCCCCGAUAGAACUAUGGCACAGGCACGCAAGUACAUCGGAGACUCACUCGGUGCCAAAUACGCAGAUUCAGUCAUCUUGAAUCUGGAGAUGACAUGGGCUGAGAGUGAUCCUCAUGUGCCACUAAUCUGCUUCUUAUCCAUGGGCUCUGACCCAACUAGCCAGAUAGAAGGCCUUGCGAAGAAACUCCAUGUUGACUGCCGAGCCAUUUCCAUGGGUCAGGGACAAGAGGUCCAUGCUAGGCGAUUACUCAGCCAAUCUAUGCAAGCUGGUGGUUGGGUUCUGCUGCAAAACUGUCAUCUUGGUCUGGAUUUCAUGGACGAGCUGCUGGAGACAGUAAUUUCUGCCGAGUCUCCCUCUGAGUCAUUCAGAGUUUGGAUCACCACUGAUGUUAGCCCACAGUUCCCUAUCAGCUUGUUGCAGGCAUCCAUCAAGUUCACCAACGAGCCACCGCAGGGUAUCAAAGCUGGCCUGAAGAGAACGUAUAGCGGCAUUAGUCAGGAUCAGCUGGACGUUAGCAAUCUAGCGCAGUGGAAACCCUUGCUUUACGCUGUGUCGUUCCUGCACACUGUCGUACAGGAGCGGCGUAAGUUUGGGCCUCUUGGCUGGAACAUACCGUACGAGUUCAACAGCUCCGACUGGAUCUCCAGUGUGCAGUUUGUGCAGAAUCACCUUGAUGACCUCGACCCUAAAAAGGGCGUGUCAUGGCCGACAGUGCGCUACAUGCUGGGGGAGGUGCAGUAUGGUGGCCGCGUGACCGACGAUUACGACAAGACACUGCUCAACACCUUUGCGAGGGUGUGGUUUGGUGAUCACAUGUUCCAAGAUGCGUUCACCUUCUAUACGGGUUAUAAGAUCCCAAGGGUAAAGUCAAUGGAGCAGCACAUGCAGGCAAUAGAGGAGCUGCCUCUAGUAGACUCCCCGCAAGCCUUUGGGCUGCAUUCGAACGCAGACAUCACGUACCAGAGCAAUACAGCAUCAGAAGUCUUAGACACUAUCAUGAACAUUCAGCCGAAGGACAGUGGGGGUGGCAGCGGAGAGACUCGUGAGAGUGUCGUCUACAAGAUGGCCAAUGACAUGUUAGAAAAACUACCACCUGACUAUAUUCCCCACGAGGUGAAAGCCAAGCUGCAGAAGAUGGGCGCCUACAACUCGAUGAACAUCUUCCUGCGUCAGGAGAUCGACCGCAUGCAGCGAGUCAUCACGACCGUGAGAAACACCCUCACCGACCUCAAACUCGCCAUCGAGGGCACCAUCAUCAUGAGCGAGAACUUGCGCGACGCUCUGGACAACAUGUUCGACGCGAGAGUGCCGGGACUGUGGAGGAAGAUAUCCUGGCAGUCUUCGACGCUAGGAUUCUGGUUCACCGAACUCGUCGAAAAGAACGCGCAGUUCUCGUCGUGGAUCUACGACGGGCGACCCAACGUGUUCUGGAUGACAGGCUUCUUCAACCCACAAGGCUUCCUGACUGCGAUGAGGCAGGAGGUCACACGUGCACAUAAGGGUUGGGCAUUGGACUCGGUCACACUUCACAACGACGUCCUGAAGCAGAACAAAGAGGACAUUACAUCACCGCCUCAGGAGGGCGUCUACAUCCACGGCCUGUUUCUGGACGGGGCCGGCUGGGACCGGCGUAACUGUCGGCUGACCGAGGCGACGGCGAAGGUGCUCUUCACGAGCCUGCCCGUCAUCCACGUGUACGCCAUCAACUCGAUCGCGCCCAAGGACCCGAAGCUGUACCAGUGUCCCGUCUACAAGAAGCCGCAGCGCACCGACCUCACGUUCAUCACGCCCGUGUGGCUGAAGACGGUGCAGAAUCCCGACCACUGGACGCUGCGCGGCGUCGCACUGCUCUGCGACAUCAAGUAGACUCGCGAUGCCGAGGAACGGGGAGUGGUAGGGGAAGCCAUGUCGAGAUUCCCACAGCUCCAUUGCCUGUGUGACAUCAAGUAGACGUGCAAUGCCAGGAAACGGGUGGUAGGGGGAGCCAUGGUUGAGAUCUGGUAGCAAGGAUUCUUCUGCUGUGUUAUUCUUGUAGCAGUUUUGCUAUUUUUGUGGGAUUUGAUGGCACACCGUUUACCUUCCAUCUGGAUUCCAAUGUUUUGUCUUUGUCCUGUACAUGUGUAAACUGUUUGAGUAAUUAUCUGGGAGUCUAAAGUAUUUUUUUACAAUCUGCGGAAAGUGACAUUUUAAAAAUGUUAAAAGUUUUUUAUAAGUCUGCCUGUCAUUUUCUGAAACGGUUUGGUGAUUUUUAUGAGCAAAAAAAACAUUCAAAUCGUAGAAUUUAUUGUACAGCUUUUCGCACAAAUGUUAGUAAUUGUAAAACGAAAUAUAAUUUCAAUCCAUGAAUCAAA